UCUAUCACUCUGUUUCCAUCUUCAGGCUCUUUAUGGAAAUCCUCAAUUCCUGCACUCACUGUGAUGAGAUCCUCUUCAAGGAGGAUGGAUCCUGGAGCCCAAUGCAACCAAAGAGAGUAAAGCAAGAGCCCUACUGGUCAUCCUACAGCAGUAUUGAUGCCAGCACCGUUUAUAAGGAGCCAUCAUCACGAGGGAAGUACUGCUCCCAAAGCAGCCAGAAUGCGGAGGUGAUUGACCUGACAUUAGACAGUUCAUCAGAUGAGGAUGAAGCUCCAAUGAAAAGACAUUGUCAUGUUGUGACCCCGACAAACUUGCCCUCAGUCAACAAGCAGUUGCUGAACCUUCACCAGCUCUCACCAAUGCUGCAGAGUCCUGCGACAAAUGUGGUUACGUCCGAAUACCUCCCAUCUCUCUCUAUUCCAGAAUACCAGUUCUCCUACCAGAUGCCUCCACUACCAUCUGACAUUCAAGGUUUAGAUUUAUUUUCUUUCUUGCAAGCAGACAGUCAGCAUUACAGUUCUGUUAUCAGCAGCUCCUCCGAGGACCAGACUGCCAUGCGAUCAUCGCUCAACCACUUCUUCCAGUUCACGUCCUCGCCGCAUUUUCUGGAACCUGUGGUUAGCUCGACAAGUGGAAUGCAUGGCUCAGCCAACAGGAGUAGCAGCAUCAUCUCCAGCAGUGUCCUGAGGAGCAGUCAGCAUAGUCACCCUGAGACAACAACUCUAAACAGUGGCAGCACAAUCAGUGCACCUGGCUCCAGCCAUGGGUUAGAUAUUAUCUCUUUAGACUAAGGAAACACCAAUCAAUCAUGACCAGGAAUGUUCUCCACUUUGAAAACUGCUGCAAAACUUGAAUCUGAAGUCAGUUGGUCGGAGAUUACUCCACAGAUCCCAGAGAAAGUGUUUCCUCUGUAUUAGUCAUUAGUUUUUGACUAAAUCCCUGGGUAACAUAAGAGCACAGGGCACCCACUGCCUGGGCCUGAAUCCUGGAGCAUGCCUUCUGUUUAAAAACACAAGGCAAUUAGGUGGUGGUUUGUCAGAUACUUCCUCCAUAGAGCUGAGGAUCUGGCCUUGCCCCUUUCCACCUCUGUCCCAUAUAAAGAACAGCUCACAGAGAUCUGGUGACAUUAGCUUCAGAGUUGCACUUUGCUUGCAUGCAGGCCCCUGGAUCAGCUGUCUGUGAUUGUAUCCACAAUUAAGCUGCUCCACAUUUCAACCAAAGGUGUGUUUCAGUUCUCUAGUAAAGUUUUGUCAUGAACCAAAGAUUAAUUAUGUCAGAUUUGAGGCCGUACCACAAGGAGUAAAGAAUGAAAGGAAACUUUGGUAAGAUGAGGUGAAACUUAAAGACUAGUGGAUUAUUGAGAGAAAUUUGGAUAUGGGCAGCUUUGAACAUUGUGAACUGCAAAAGGGAACUGAACUGAGAUUUUCAGGGGUCUCUGAUGGUUACUGUGAUUCCCUCUCCCCAGACCCAAACAGACAUGAAGGCCUGGAUCCACCAGGAUUUCUAAAGGGGCUGGUUGGCCUGGAUUGAGGUUGGGGAGUGAUGUAGGGACACAAUAGGGAAUUCUAAACAUAUUGCAAAGUGUGUCACUUUUUAAAAUAUAACUUCCAAUAUAUUUUAUCAAUGUAAAAUCUUUCCCUUUUUUAAAAGAAUUAUAAAUGAGCAUUGUGUAUAGAGAAAGCAAAUGAUCUAUUUUCUGUUGCAGCUAUUUUGUAAAUACAUAUUAUGAAAAAACAAACCGAUUUUAAAAAAAGCAGUUCCAAAGAUUAUCCUCUACGGCAGGCCAGUACUAGUGAGAGUUAGACUCCACGUGCCUGUCUAAGUGUGGAUGCCUCUAUUCAUCCGUUUUAAGGUCAUUUUCUUCCAAUACUGUUCAGUGAAUAACCAGUGUUCUGAGAGACUGGGGUGAUGCUUAAUGCCUGUUGUGGAUGAUAGGAUCCAGAACUGAAAGCUUCACUCACCUGGACAGACAGACUGCCUUGUCCCACUUACUUAAAGGACCUGGUGAAGCUGUGGCAAAGGGACAAGGGGAGUUUGGGUAUUAUUGGCUGAAAGAAUUCAAACGUUUUACUGUGUAUCGAUUCUGUUGCAAUUAAAGGAUGAGGAAAUCGGGAA